AUGGCGCUAUUCCUGAUCAGGGCAAGCGGCGGUUGGGAGUGGAUUCUGCUCCACGCUGAAACGAACAACAGAGGGAGGAGCGACGGCCAGAGCGAACAACAGCUUCUCUCCUCUCCGCUUCUUCGUGUCCCCCUUUUGUCUGCUGCUAUUGUGGGAGCACCCAUCAUUGACCUGAUCUUUCUGCUUCGUUUGUCGAGCUGCCUUUCUAUUCACUAUUCAAGAUGGCAACCUUCUUUCAGAGCGUGCUUUGGACGAGGGGGGAACAACAAGAACUCCAAUAACCAACCCAAAAUGAAUACUGGAGGCCAGGGUCAACAAGUGGCACAACCGCAACAGGCUGUGCCUGGUGCACAGGGUCUCAAUAACUCGCCUUCGAUUGCAUCGAACAUGUCUGCCGAUAUCGUAUCCAAUAACGAAGAUGCUCCCAAGUAUUUCUUCCAGGAGAAAUACGCUCCAUUGAAUGUGAAGGGCAAUUUUUUGACGCUUUGUGCUUGUCCUAAGAAUGUUGAACUUGGAGAAUGGCUUGCUCAUCAAAUCGUUGAGCAAUAUCGUCUGCUACAUGGCAUGCUGCAAGUCAUCCAGGAAGUCAACACCGUGAAUGGGUACCCAAUCUGCAAUGAAAGCACAUGCCCAACCAUGUCCGCCGGCCGAUUGACCUACACUUGGCUUGUGGACGGCCGAGCAGCAAAAAUCUCCGCACCAAAGUUCAUCAACCGAGUCGAGAAAUGGAUCGUGAGUAAAAUCCACGAUCCCGUCAUGUUCCCCACAGAUCCCGUCCAAGGAGCCCCUCAUACCUUCGCUUCCGGGGAUGUCUCAACCCCCCCUGCAACUACCCCGAUUGCGGCAGGUCCCACGAACUUGAAUGCGUCCUUGACUACCCUUGCUGGUCAGGAUUGGAUCGGCAAAUCUAGUGGAUUUCCUCCUACCUUUUACAAGGAUUGUCAAGGAAUCAUGAAGCAGAUGUUCCGUUGCUAUGCUCACCUUUACCAUGGACACUGGCUCGACCCCUUUUGGCAUAUCAACCGUCAUGAAAUGCUGAACAUGUGUUUUGUGCACUUCGUCACUGUCGCCAAAUACUACAAGCUUGUGGCCGAUAAGGAAAUGGAGCCAAUGCAACCUCUUAUUGAUCUCUAUAUGAAGCAGGAGAAGAUCCCUCCAGAGGCUAUCGCAGGUCAUUGGGCAUCUCAAGAAGCCGCUGCUGCUGGUUCGUCGACACCCGCAGCCAAUGUCCCUUCUACUUAG